CCCCGUGGCGCCCUGCCCGCGCGCGAGGCAGGACGGGAAACCCAAGAUGGACUCUUCUGUUUGAGUCCUGCCCAUCCGUCUUCGUUUUCCCCGCUGCGGCCCGUUCUUCCUCCGGGGUCAGUGAGGGACAAGGGAUGAGAAGCUGUGGCGGCCGAGGAGCCAUCCUGACCGACCUGCCGCUGCUCUCGGGCCUCCGCGGCCCCUGCGCCUCCGGGCAGCAGCCGGGGCUCGCAAGCGCCUGACGCGUCCCGAGUCACUCAGAAAUAAUGUUGAUAUUUGGAACCCAUGUCGAACUUCUCUGAAGAAAGGGCAACGAUGAUUGCAGCCGGGGAUUUGCAGGAAUUCGUUCCUUUCGGUCGUGACCACUGCAAGCACCACCCUAAUGCUCUGAACCUUCAACUUCGUCAGCUGCAGCCAGCCUCGGAGUUAUGGUCUUCUGAUGGUGCAGCUGGCUUGGUGGGAUCUCUUCAGGAGGUUACAAUCCAUGAGAAACAGAAGGAAAGCUGGCAGUUAAGAAAAGGUGUGAGUGAGAUUGGAGAUGCAGCCGACUACGAUGAAGAGCUGUAUGUGGCUGGGAACAUGGUUAUCUGGAGCAAAGGGAGUAAAAGCCAGGCACUGGCCGUGUACAAAGCUUUCACAGUGGACAGCGCUGUCCAGCAGGCAUUGUGGUGUGACUUCAUUACAUCACAGGAUAAGUCUGAAAAGGUCCACAAGAGCCAUGAAGUAGAGAAAUGCAUAUGUAUAUUACAGAGCUCAUGUAUGAACAUGCACAGCGUAGAUGGGAAGGAUUAUAUAGCUUCCUUACCAUUUCAGGUGGCAAAUGUUUGGGCCACUAAAUAUGGUUUGCUGUUUGAACGAAGCAGUUCUUCACAUGAGGUGCCUCCAAGUCUACCUAGAGAACCUUUGCCUACUAUGUUCAGCAUGCUGCACCCACUGGAUGAAAUAACUCCACUUGUUUGUAAAUCUGGAAGUCUUUUUGGCUCAUCACGGGUGCAGUAUGUUGUAGAUCCUGCAGUGAAGAUUGUGUUCCUCAGUAUCGACCCCUCCAUUGUAAUGACCUAUGAUGCUGUUCAGAAUGUGCAUUCCGUGUGGACUCUGCGGAGAGUAAAGCCAGAGGAGGAGAAUGCUGUUUUAAAGUUCCCUGAGCAGGCAGGGAAUGCAGCCACUAGCAGCUCCCUCACAGCACAUCUCCGAAGCCUCUCCAAAGGCGAAUCCCCCGUGCCUUCCCCUUUCCAGAAUUACUCCUCCAUUCACAGCCAGAGUCGCUCUGCCUCAUCUCUGAGCCUGCACUCCCGCUCGCCUUCCAUCUCCAACAUGGCGGCUCUCAGCCGUGCUCAUUCCCCUGCCUUAGGGGUGCACUCUUUCUCAGGGGUGCAAAGAUUCAACCUUUCAAGCCAUAAUCAGUCGCCAAAGAGACACAGCGUUUCUCAUUCUCCAGGUGGCAGUUUUAAUGACUCAUUUUUGGCACCAGAAACGGAGCCUAUUAUUCCUGAGCUGUGCAUUGACCACUUGUGGACUGAAACACUUCCUAAUACAAGAGAGAAAAACGCUCAUGCCACCAAGGUAUUUAUAACAACUGACCUAUGUGGACAGAAGUUCUUGUGCUUUUUAGUGGAGGCUCAGCUUCAGUUACGUUGUGUAAAGUUUCAAGAGAGUAACGACAAGACCCAGCUCAUCUUUGGCUCUGUCACCAAUGUCCAUGCAAAAGAUGCAGCCCCAGUGGAGAAGAUAGACACCAUGUUGGUACUAGAAGGCAAUGGGAACUUGGUGCUGUACACAGGAGUGGUUCGGGUGGGGAAAGUUUUUAUUCCUGGACUUCCGGCUCCUUCCCUGACAAUGUCCAACAUGAUGCCUCGGCCUAGUACACCCCUAGAUGGUAUAACUACUCCCAAGCCUCUUGGUAAACUUCUUGGAUCAAUGGAUGAGGUGGUUCUGUUGUCUCCAGUUCCAGAACUGAGGGAUUCUUCAACAAAACUUAAUGAUUCUCUCUACAAUGAGGAUUGCACUUUCCAGCAGCUUGGAACUUUCAUUCAUUCUGUGCGAGACCCUGUUCAUAACAGAGUCACUCUAGAACUGAGUAAUGGCUCCAUGGUUAGGAUCACUAUCCCUGAAGUGGCUACCUCGGAAUUAGUACAAACGUGUCUGCAAGCAAUUAAGUUCAUCCUGCCAAAAGAAAUAGCAGUUCAGAUGCUCGUCAAGUGGUACAAUGUCCACAGUGCUCCAGGAGGCCCCAGUUACCACUCAGAAUGGAGUUUAUUUGUCAUCUGUCUCUUGAACAUGAUGGGUUAUAACACAGAUCGCUUAGCAUGGACCCGAAGUUCCGACUUUGAAGGAUCACUUUCCCCAGUCAUUGCGCCCAAAAAAGCGAGGCCUUCUGGUACUGGAUCUGAUGAUGACUGGGAAUACUUACUGAAUUCAGACUACCAUCACAACGUUGAGUCUCAUCUUCUGAACAAAUCUUUAUGUUUGACUGCUUUGGAAAGUUCAAGGGUGAAGGAAGAAGAUUUUUCACAGAACCUUAGUCUGGAUUCUUCAACUCUCCUCUUUCCUCACAUCCCUGCAAUUUUCUUUGUUCUUCACCUUGUCUAUGAAGAACUCAAGUUGAAUACUCUAAUGGGAGAAGGGAUUUGUUCCCUUGUUGACCUGCUUGUUCAGUUAGCAAGGGACUUAAAAUUAGAGGCUUACAUGGAUCACUACUACAGAGAUUACCCAACUCUAGUCAGAACUACUGGGCAAGUGUGUACGAUUGAUCAAGGUCAAUCGGGAUUUCUGCAUCAUCCCUCGUUUUUUACGUCUGAGCCGCCAAGUAUUUAUCAGUGGGUGAGUUCUUGUCUGAAGGGCGAAGGAAUGCCACCCUAUCCUUACCUCCCCGGGGUCUGCGAAAGGAGCAGGCUCGUGGUCUUGAGCAUUGCACUCUAUAUCCUUGGUGAUGAGAGUUGUGUUUCUGAUGAAGCCUCGCAGUAUUUAUCCAAAGUAACUUUAACCCCCCAAAAGUCACAAGCAGAACAGGAAGAAAACAGGUUUACUUUCCGGCAUUCUGCUUCAGUUUCCAGUCUAGCAGAAAGAUUGGUUAUCUGGAUGACCGAUGUAGGUUUCACUUUAAGAGAUUUGGAGACUCUUCCCUUUGGGAUUGCUCUUCCCAUCAGGGAUGCAAUCUAUCACUGUCGGGAGCAGCCUGAUUCAGACUGGUCGGAAGCUGUCUGCCUCUUGAUUGGACGGCAGGAUCUUUCUAAGCAGGCUUGUGAAGGAAACUUACCCAGAGGCAAAUCUGUGCUCUCAUCAGAUGUGUCUUCAGGAACCGAGGCUGAGGAGGAAGACGAUGGCAUGAAUGACCUAAAUCAUGAGGUUAUGUCAUUAAUAUGGAGUGAAGAUCUACGGGUGCAGGAUGUGCGAAGACUGCUUCAGAGUGCCCAGCCUGUCCGUGUCAAUGUGGUGCAGUACCCGGAACUCAGUGACCAUGAGUUCAUUGAAGAGAAAGAAAACAGACUGCUCCAGUUGUGUCAGCGAACUAUGGCCCUUCCAGUAGGGCGAGGAAUGUUUACCUUGUUUUCAUAUCAUCCUGUUCCAACAGAGCCAUUGCCUAUUCCUAAAUUAAAUUUGACAGGGCGAGCCCCUCCACGAAACACAACUGUAGAUCUUAAUAGUGGGAACAUUGAUGUGCCUCCCAAUAUGACAAGCUGGGCCAGCUUCCAUAAUGGUGUGGCUGCUGGCCUGAAGAUAGCCCCUGCCUCCCAGAUAGACUCAGCUUGGAUUGUUUACAACAAGCCAAAGCAUGCGGAGUUAGCCAAUGAGUACGCCGGAUUUCUCAUGGCCCUUGGUCUGAAUGGUCAUCUUACCAAGCUGGCUACUCUCAAUAUCCAUGACUACUUAACUAAGGGCCAUGAAAUGACAAGCAUUGGAUUGCUGCUUGGUGUUUCUGCUGCAAAACUUGGCACCAUGGACAUGUCAAUUACCCGGCUUCUUAGCAUUCACGUUCCUGCUCUCCUACCCCCAACAUCCACAGAGCUUGAUGUGCCUCACAAUGUCCAAGUGGCUGCAGUGGUUGGCAUUGGCCUUGUUUAUCAGGGCACAGCUCACAGACACACUGCUGAAGUCCUGUUGGCUGAAAUAGGGCGCCCCCCUGGUCCGGAAAUGGAAUAUUGCACUGACAGAGAGUCCUACUCUUUAGCUGCUGGCCUGGCCCUGGGUAUGGUUUGCUUGGGGCACGGCAGCAACUUGAUUGGUAUGUCUGAUCUCAAUGUGCCUGAGCAGCUAUAUCAGUACAUGGUUGGAGGUCAUAGGCGUUUUCAAAUUGGAAUGCACAGGGAGAAACAUAAAUCUCCAAGUUACCAAAUCAAAGAAGGCGAUACUAUAAAUGUGGAUGUGACUUGUCCAGGUGCUACUCUGGCUUUGGCUAUGAUCUACUUAAAAACCAAUAACAGAUCCAUUGCCGACUGGCUGCGAGCUCCUGAUACCAUGUAUUUGCUGGACUUUGUGAAGCCGGAAUUUCUCUUGCUUAGGACACUUGCUCGGUGCCUGAUUUUGUGGGAUGAUAUUUUACCAAAUUCCAAGUGGGUUGACAGCAAUGUUCCUCAGAUUAUAAGAGAAAACAGUAUCUCUUUGAGUGAAAUUGAAUUGCCUUGUUCAGAGGACUUGAAUUUGGAAACCUUGUCGCAAGCACACGUCUACAUAAUUGCAGGAGCCUGCUUGUCUCUGGGUUUUCGAUUUGCUGGCUCAGAAAACUUAUCAGCAUUUAACUGUUUGCAUAAAUUUGCAAAAGAUUUUAUGAAUUAUUUAUCUGCACCCAAUGCUUCUGUAACAGGGCCCUACAACCUCGAAACCUGUCUGAGUGUUGUCCUGCUGUCUCUUGCCAUGGUGAUGGCUGGCUCUGGGAACCUGAAGGUGUUGCAGCUCUGUCGCUAUCUGCAUAUGAAGACGGGUGGAGAGAUGAACUAUGGUUUCCACUUGGCCCAUCACAUGGCCCUGGGUCUUCUCUUUUUGGGAGGAGGAAGGUACUCUUUGAGCACAUCUAACUCGUCCAUUGCUGCUCUUCUCUGUGCCCUUUACCCACAUUUCCCAGCCCACAGCACUGACAACCGGUAUCAUCUCCAGGCCCUCCGGCACCUCUAUGUGUUAGGUGCAGAACCAAGGCUUCUGGUACCUGUGGAUGUGGACACAAACACACCCUGCUAUGCCCUUAUAGAAGUUACUUACAAGGGCACUCAGUGGUAUGAACAGACCAAAGAAGAACUGAUGGCUCCAACCCUUCUUCCAGAACUUCAUCUGUUAAAGCAGAUGAAAGUUAAAGGGCCAAGAUACUGGGAACUGCUCAUAGAUUUAAGCAAGGGAGAACAGCACUUAAAGUCCAUUCUUUCUAAGGAUGGAGUUUUGUAUGUAAAGCUCAGGGCAGGCCAGCUGUCCUACAAAGAAGAUCCAAUGGGGUGGCAGAGUUUGUUAGCACAGACAGUUUCUAACAGGAACUCGGAUGCCCGGACUUUCAAGCCAGAAACAGUUUCAUCAUUCACUUCUGAUCCGGCGCUUCUGUCAUUUGCUGAAUAUUUCUGCAAACCAACUGUGAGCAUGGGUCAAAAACAGGAGAUUCUGGACCUCUUUUCUUCAGUACUCUACGAGUGUGUUACUCAGGAAACCCCAGAGAUGUUGCCUGCCUACAUAGCAAUGGAUCAGGCUAUAAGAAGUCUUAAAAAGAGAGACAUGUCAGAUACAUCUGAUCUUUGGCAGAUAAAGUUGAUUUUAGAGUUUUUCAGUUCCCGAAGCCACCAAGAGAGGCAGCAGGACCCUAAGCGAGGUCUCUUUAUGAACUCUGAGUUCCUGCCUGUGGUGAAGUGCACUAUUGAUGCCACCCUGGAUGAGUGGCUGCAAGCGGGAGGUGAUGUGGCUGUGCAUGCCUACCUCAGUGGGCAGCCUGUUGACAAAUCUCAGCUAAACAUGCUGGCCUGCUUCCUGGUCUACCACUCUAUGCCAGCACCACGACACUUGCCGCCUCUGGGACUGGAAGGGAGUACGAACUUUGCUGAGCUCCUCUUCAGGUUUAGACAGCUGAAGAUUCCAGUCCGAGCUUUGCUCAGACUGGCUCCCUUGCUGCUUGGAAACCCACAGCCGAUGGUUAUGUGACCACAUCUGGUAGUCAGCCUCCCUGAAAUGACCACAGCACAGAAUCAUAAUGACAGCAAAGCUGCAGCAGCAUUUCUCUUUGGUGAGCAGUGGAACUCGGGGGCGUGUGCCUCGCUGUGUUUAAGAUCUGUGUUGGAAGUGCUCCAGAGACACUGUCGCUGUCCAUGUCAUUAGCCAAUGUGUAAGAGUCCUUCAGACGCUCUUUUGUAAAUAAAGAUUUUUUGGUUUGUUUUCAAAACUAUUGGUGAUUGCUUUGGACUUCAGAACAGAGCGACAGGCUGAUUUUUGAAGCCUUUGAACUUCAGUGGUUCAGGUGAAAGGUCUGUACUCAGAAGUGCCAGACUGAAAAACCACAUCACGAAAGUGGACUUUCCGCCGCUGUUGGAGAGUCCUGUGUUGUCUUCUGUGUCACACUCGUCUUCUCUAUGAUACGGUGGACAAUAUGAUCACUGCGAGCAGAGUUCUAGUGAAGAAUUGCCUGCCCAGCAUGGAGUACAGGACUGUGCCCUGACCUCAGUGUGACUGUGGGCUGCAGUUCUUGGGCGGUAACAAGGUUAAAGGAUACCUUAAGGGUAAGUUCUAAUUUGAUAGACCCGAUGGCCUACUCAGGAGAGGAGGAGGAAGAAUGCUUUUCUUUCACUAUUAUGUGAAAAUUUGCAACACAACCGCUUAAAAGCCAGGAAGAUUCCCUCAUGGGGAACCACUCAGACAGCAUCUUGGACUUCAGCAUCUCGAAAUAUGAGAAAUAAAUUUGUCAUCCUUAAA